AUGAGCAGAGCUGCAGAUACAAGAGUUCAAGAAACGCCGCGAGCCCGCGACCUCGCCGUCGCUGCCGAGCUUGUGCAAGAAGAGCACGCAGUUGACGACCAGCGUCUCGUCCGGGUGCAGCUCCAGCUCCGUGGCUGGGUCGGCGGCGAGCUGCGGAAUCGGAGGUUGAGGGAGCCGGCGAAGGCGCGGAGACGGUCGCCGGUGCGGAGGAGCACGUCGCGGUCGGGGCCGGCGGCCGUGGAUCCGGACCUCGGGCGGACCGAGAUCGGGGUCCGCGUGGACGGCGAUGGGUUGCAAGAGCGGACGGCCGAUGCGGUGCGGGAGGGGGACGGUGGCGGUGGAUCUGUGGAGACAGGCGGUGGUGCGGGAGGGGGGCGGUGGCGGUGGAUCUGGGGAGACGGGCGGCGCGGGAGGGGGGCGGAUGCGGGACGGGCGGCGCGGGAGGGGGGCGGCGGCGCGGGAGGGGGGCGGAUGCGGGACGGGCGCCGCGGGAGGGGGGCGGCGGCGCGGGAGGGGGGCGGAUGCGGGACGGGCGCCGCGGGAGGUGGGCGGACAGGGCAAUAA